AUGGAAGCCAGCGCCCGGAGUUCUCCUCUCAACGGCGUCACCCGCAGUGGCAAGCCUCGGCAACGAAGCGCCAUUGCCUGCCAGCGCUGCCAUGCCCGCCGAGUCAAAUGCAAUGCGGCCGACUCGGGUAUUCCGUGCACCAACUGUGAGCGCGCGCAAACCUCGUGUCAGCUCAUAGAGUCGAAGCGGGGCAGGAAGCGCGUAGCUUCUAGUCUUCCCCCUUCGACUUCGCAUACGCUUCCUGGGAUAAUAAACAACAAUACUCCUAGUAUACAUUCAAAACUCCCGCGUCUCAGCCAUGGGUCGCCGAUCUGGAGUAGCCUUGCUGGAGAUGGCUCCCUGCCCGAGGGGCCUGGUUUGCAGCUUAUCCCCCCACACGACCGUAUUCGAUCUGGAAGCGAGGGCCCAGAGACGCUCUAUGCACAGGUCUUAGAGAAUGCUGGAGGCUCACCUGAACGGCCCAGCCUGGUCAAGCCUGGCGGCCAGGUGGUUUAUCUGGGCGAGACGUUCAAUCUCACAUACUUGCUUCAGGAAACUAGCAAGAAGAGCCAGCCCGUUCCAAAGCGGCACGUUCUGCUUCCACUACAUCCCAGGAUGAACCCUUCCUCCCAAGGCCGUAAUUGCGAUGCCGUGACGAUGGAUUUACUACAGCGACAGGAUGCUUUCUCCAUCCCCAGCGUCAAGAUAUGCAGAGAGCUGUUUCGCGUUUACUUCAAAUACGUCCAUAAACAUUACCCGAUUCUGGACCGUCGUGAUUUUGCUUGCCGCUAUGCCGACCCAACCAACCCUCCUUCGUUUCUGCUGCUUCAAGCCGUCCUGUUCAUGGGCUCAGGCCAUUGCGAUGUAUCAGUGCUCAAAGAUGCCGGGUUUAAGUCCAGAUACGAUGCGAGACUAGCGCUGUUCAAGAGAACAAAGGCUUUAUAUGAUUUAGACUACGAGUCUGAUAAACUUACAAUCUGCCAGUCCCUUUUCUUAAUGAGCUUUUGGUGGAAUAGCCCAACUGACCAGAAAGAUACGUGGCACUGGCUUGGUAACUCCAUCAGCUUGGCAUUGACGAUCGGGAUGCAUAGAGAUACGCACAAUUCUGACAUGAGUUUAAGAGACCAGCGGCUGUGGAAAAAGAUUUGGUGGUCGCUUUUCACUGAAGACAAACACGCAGCUGCGGCGCUGGGGAGGCCUGUUCAUAUCCGCCUUCGCGAUUGCGAUGUAGAACAGCUCCACGAGUCAGAUUUCGAGGAGGAACCCGCUCCAGAUCCAGAAAUCUUCGGUGUUCAGGAGAGAGUCGAUAUUUUAUAUGUUCUUUUUCUUAGCGAGCUAUCGAAAAUCGUCGAAAGGAUAAUAGAUAAAUCGUUUAAUGCGCAUGAUAAGACACUCGCCGCACAGGCUGAUACACUCCAACUAUGCGAGGAGUGGCUCCUGGACUGGGAACGCCGACUACCACCAGAACUUCACCUCUCACGCAGCGGAGAAUGUGUAUGGACGGGUAUGCUACACAUUGCCCACUGUUGGUUCCGCAUCUUAACUCACCGAUCAAGAACUCCCGAAAAUCCAUCAUCGCCCUCCCGCUCAACGUCUCAUCAGGUCGCCAUGAACGCUGCAAAUCGAAUGGUACGCAUCAUCGAAGAAGUACUAUCCUCCUCUGCCAUUAACCAGUGUCCGAUACAUGUAAUCCCCGCAUUAUUCGCCGCCAUGUCCAUGCACACACAACACAUCUGUUCCGGCGACCCAGUCCGCGAACAACUGGGUUCUGUCAAGAUCCGGCUGUCGAUGAUCGCGCUGCGGGAACUGCAAAGCACCUGGCCCGUCAGCGGCUGGAUUUUCCUCCUUUUCACGAAAAUCAUUCGUCGGAUCCGCGAUACGGAUGAUUACCCACCGGCCAAUAACAAUAAUACCAAUAUCAACAAUACCAACAAUAAUAAUAGUUCUGAUGGGAUGACUGAGGCCGCUGUUCAAGCUCACACGGUGGGCGUUGGUGGUGGUGGUGGUGAGUCGGGGAUGCCACCUCCUGAAACCCCUACCCACCCGCAUGUCCAGAUAACGCCCGGUGGCAAUGUCGUUGGCUGGGAUCCCCAUGGUAUUAGUAUGCCGUUGAAUUUCUCGACUGAUUGGAGUGGCGUCACGGAUGGGGACUUGUGUCUUGAUCCCGAGUUUGAUUUCAUGAUUGGGACGCCCCGGACAUCUACGCCUCGCAUUCCUAGGCCCAAUUUUUAUAAUUCAUAA